AUGGCAAGUGCGGUCGCGGACCAGCGCGCGGUCGAGGACUUCGGUGUCGGGACAAUCGGCGGUACUGGUAGUGGGAGCGUCGAUAUCGGCGCUAUUGGUGCUGAUAGUGUUGGUGGUGUGGGUAGCGGUGACGGACCAAGCGGCAGCGAGCUGGCAGCGUUCGCCGAUCGUGUCAACGAGAUCCACGAGGAUCUGCUGAUCUGGGUCGCGAUCGAUGGCGUGUUGAUGGUAUGCAUCCUGAGCGGCAACAUCCUGACGAUCCUGGCCGUCUGGUACUACCGGCGGCUGCAGUGGCUCAUCUCGAACCUGUUCGUCGUGUCGCUGGCCGUCUCGGACAUCUUCGUCGGCAUGACGUUACCGUACCAUCUCGCGUUCUACAUGGGCGUCGAUCUCGGCCAUCAUAAGCACCUCUGUCUGCUGCGCUUCUUCGUCCUGAUCAUUGCGUGCAGCGUAUCCAUCUGGAAUCUGAUCGCCAUCGCCGCCGACCGGUACAUCGCGAUCUGCUACCCGUUGCAUUACUCACGGGUAAUGACGAAGCGAACCGCGCUAACCAUCCUUGGGUUUGGCUGGUGUUUGGCGAUCGCGAUCGCGACGAUCCCACUAAUCUGGAACAAGUGGGACACGGCCAGCGAGUGCGAGUUCGAUGAGCUGCUGCACCCGUGGUACGUGGCCGGCGUCAUCACGCCCAUCUUCUCGGUCGUCUGGCUCUGCCUGUUCGUCGUCUACUGGCGCAUCUGGCGCGAAGCGUCCAAGCACGCCAAACAGCUGCGCGUCCACGUCGGUACACUCGAGCGCACGACCAGCGACUGGAAGUCGGUGCAGGUGGUACUGCUGAUCAUGGGAUGCUUCACGUUCUGCUGGAUACCGUACUUCGUGGUUGUGCUGACGCAGAUCUUUGCGUUCGUCGAGGACAGCUCGCCAACCCUCUACAAGGCCGCCUUUUCGCUCGCAAUGGCCAACUCCAUGAUGAACCCAAUCAUCUACGCGUGGAAGAACACCCACUUCCGGUACGCAUUCCGGCAGCUGCUCACCUGCCGCAAACCGGUCGUUCCGCCACUACCACCGCGCGUCGUCAUCGGUCAGGAAUCUACCACCACCACGACAACUACCGUUACCACCUCUACCGGUACCACCACCACGAUCCGGGUGUCGGUGAGCAACCGUCAACCGGAUCGGUACUGGCAGCCCGAGCCGAUGUCGUGCACGGACGCAAUGCGGGUACCACCGCCUUCGCCAAGCUCAGACCACGGAUCAGCAAAUGCGCCGACCGUCCGCGCAGGGCCGUCGUACAACGCGCGGACCUACCGGACACCCUCGCCCCGUCGCAUCGUUGGCCAGAACAUCAUCCGUGAGAGCUACCGUUUGUACGAGGAGAUGGAACGCAAGCUGGCUGGCUGCGCUGCAAACCGAAGCGAAGGGAACACCACCGACAGCCCCGUGGAAGAGGUACCGAUCGAUGAUGAACCGGGGAGUCCGUCGGAACUCCCGGACGAUGUGCUUUACAUGGAGACCAAACUGUAG